AUGGAUUUCAACCUGCUGGCAGAUGCGGAGGCUCGCAGCCCAGCCUUGUCUCUCUCGGACUCUGGGACCCCUCAACACGAGCACAGCUGCAAAGGGCAGGACCACAGCGACACGGAGAAGUCCCAGCAAAACCAGACGGACGACUCCAACCCUGAGGACGGCUCGCUCAAGAAGAAGCAGAGGAGGCAGAGGACGCACUUCACCAGCCAGCAGCUCCAGGAGCUGGAAGCCACUUUCCAGAGAAACCGCUACCCAGACAUGAGCACCAGGGAGGAGAUUGCAGUCUGGACCAACCUGACGGAGGCACGAGUCCGGGUCUGGUUCAAAAACCGCAGAGCUAAGUGGAGGAAACGGGAGAGGAACCAACAGGCCGAACUGUGCAAGAACAGCUUUGGAGCCCAGUUCAAUGGACUGAUGCAGCCUUAUGAUGACAUGUAUUCCAGCUAUUCCUACAACAACUGGGCCACCAAGGGGCUCGCCACCAGCCCACUCUCAGCCAAGAGUUUCCCGUUCUUCAACUCCAUGAACGUCAGUCCCCUCUCCUCCCAGCCCAUGUUCUCCCCACCCAGCUCCAUCGCCUCGAUGACCAUGCCUUCAUCCAUGGUCCCUUCUGCAGUGACCGGAGUACCGGCCUCCAGCCUCAACAACCUGGGAAACAUCAACAACCUGAACAGCCCAAGCCUCAACUCUGCUGUCUCAUCCAGUGCCUGUCCUUACGCCUCAACAGCCAGCCCCUACAUGUACAGGGACACAUGCAACUCCAGCCUGGCCAGCCUGCGGCUGAAGGCCAAGCAGCACACUAACUUCACCUACCCGGCGGUGCAGACGGCAGCUUCCAAUCUGAGCCCUUGCCAAUACGCCGUGGACAGGCCCGUAUGA